GUGGCACGCGUGCCUGUGUGUAUGUGUGUGUGCCUGUGUGCAUGUGCGUGUGUGUGAGGUUUUAGGGGAACGGGAAGCCGUCGGAGCAAGACCUUCAUGAAAGUGAAAGGCAAGAGGCAGAGGAGAAGAGAGAAGUGGACGGACGCAAGUGGGAUCAGUAAGUCAGCAAGUAGUGCAGGACAUCAGCUGCGUCGGGGCAACCAAGGACAGACUCCAGAAUGCUCUAUCUCAGUCUUUGUGUUGUCUUUGUGCCGCUGUGUGGGAGUGUGCCCCUGGCGGGCUGGGUGCAGUCUCCUGGCUACCCGAGGGGGUAUGAGCCCUUCUCCAGCCUCACUUGGGUCCGCUGUGCCCCGCCUGGACACACCCUCAGCCUGGCCCUCACACACCUCGAUCUGGAGGACAGCUACGAGUGUGAGAACGACGCCCUGAAGGUGUAUGCCGAUGCCACUCGGAUCUCCACGCUGUGUGGGACCAUUCCUCUGCAGGACCUUCGCUCCUCUGUCAACCCGUCUCUGGUGUCCUCACCCGGCGGCUGUCUCAACGUGUCCUUCAGUUCAGACUACUCCAACGUGGAGAGACACUCUGGAUUCAGGGCCUUCUACACCAUACAGGAUUAUAACGAGUGUGACGAUCCGAACAUCGAGUGCUCCCACUUCUGCUACAAUUUCAUUGGCGGCUACCUGUGUGCCUGUCCUCCUGGAUACGUGCUCAACCCAGACAAGCACAACUGCAGCGUGAGCUGCACUGAGGACCUCUCCGGCUCGCUGCGAGGCCUGGUGAGUCCUCCGGGGGGCGCUGGUUCCUACGCCGAGGAGGCCCACUGCUCCUACAGCCUGGCGGUGGAGGAAGGCCUGCAGCUGGUGCUGCAGUUCACGGGGGACUUUGACGUGGAGGCCAGACCCAAUGGAGAAUGCAUUGACGCAGUGAGGAUCGAAACCCGCUCAAAGACAUACGGCCCGUUCUGCGGCACUGUUGCCCCGGGCCUCAUCGACACUGGCAGUAGCAAGGUCCAGAUUCUGUUCGAUUCGGACAAUGGUGGUGCCAACAAGGGCUUUACUGUUGCCUACAAGACCAAGAGGAUGACUUGCCCCGUUGGUGUGACGCCCCACUCCACUGUCCUGCCCGAACAUCAGGAGUAUGUGAUGGGGGACACCAUCACUGUCACCUGCGACCAAGGCACUGUUGUGGAGCUUCCUUCAGGGCCAGGCAUCAAAAGCAAUGCGACGUACGAGACCAGGUGCCAGAAGAAUGGCAUGUGGAAGCCUGUCUACCAGUGUGGCGUGGUGGAUUGUGGGAGGCCAAGUCUGCCAUACGCAGUCAAAGUGGAGGACUUGGAGUCCACACACUACAAGAGUGAAAUCCACUUCAUCUGCAGCUCAAAAUACUACCAACUGGAGAGUGAUGAGGUAUUCACAUGUGAGGCAGAUGGAUUCUGGAAGUCUAAGACCGGUCAGACAAACAUACCAAGAUGUCUCCCAAUUUGUGGACUGACAGAUAAUCUGAUCGAGGCCAGUGGCAGGAUCCUGGGUGGAAAAAGAGCCAAAGUCGGUCAGAUCCCCUGGCAGCUCCUCAUCAAGGCACCAGAGAGAGGUGGAGCUUCCUUGAUCAAUGACCGCUGGGCUGUUACUGCGGCCCACGUGGUCGACAAACAUCAAAGCGAAACAAUCACAGUGUAUGGUGGCAUGACAGAUGGCCAGGACCAGAAUGCAGUUGUCAUGCAGACUGAGAAGAUCAUCGUCCAUCCUAACUAUGGGAAAGAUGGAGAUGCCGAGAAGGAAUUCAACAAUGACAUUGCUCUGCUCAAAAUGUCCUCCACGGUGGAACUGGGUCCAAAACUGCUGCCCAUCUGUUUGCCAGAGUCGUCAGAGGGAGCGGCGCUAGAGGGCAAAAUGGGCACAGUGUCAGGAUAUGGAACCACCGAAAGAGCAGCUAGAGCAAAAUUAUUACAUUAUGUAAACGUACAGGAGAAGAAGAGAGAAGAAUGUAGAGAUCCCAAGUUCACAGACAACAUGUUCUGCGCAGGUAUUGAGGGUGGUGACAGCUGUAAAGGGGAUAGUGGAGGUCCUGUGUUUGUGCCCAUGUUAGGUUUUGGGAAGCCUGAUGACCCUUACAGGCUGAAGGGGAUUGUGUCUUGGGGUCCCGACUGUCUUACCAAAGAGUACAAAGGGUACUAUACUAAGGUCCAGAACUAUCUGGACUGGAUCAAAGAGACUAUUGAGAAGGAUGGAGAAGGUCAGGAGGUCAGAAAAUAACUGUAGAGCCUGAAGUCAGUAGGGCUGUACUAUGCACACAUAGUCAUAGACACACAUGGAGUUGGGGGACAUGGCAAAUUAAUUAUUAUAAUUGAUUAAUCCCAUAUUUCACAUACAAUUUUGUCCAGCCUUAUUCAAGAUUAUGCACUCUAUACAAUAUAUCAUUUAGCUUCAGACUCUGCAGCAUGUGUUCUCUCCUCUCUCAUAAAAGGCAUAAACUUGAAAAAAAAAUCAUAAUUAUGUAUUCACACUCACACACACACGCAUACACACACGCAUACACACACGCGCGCGCGCACGCACGCACGCACGCACGCACGCACGCACGCACCACACACACACACACACACACACACACACACACACACACACACACACACACACACACACACACACACACACACACACACACACACACACACACACACACACACACACACACACACACACUGUCUUUAAUUGAUCUGACUGUUGUUAAAUGAAAUAACUCCAGAGAUACAGAGUUCUUUUCUGUAUGGUUAAUUGUAUGCUUAAUUCUGUAAUAAAA